AUGGCUGGGCUCGACGAGAUGCAUCGUGCUGCCGUGUCAGCUAUUGUUCCCGGCUGCACCAGCGCCAGAGCCCAGCGCCAGCGGGCAGCACCAUUUCACCCUCCAGAGCAAGCGAGCAAGACAAGACAAGGCAAGGCAAGGUGCAUCGUGGUCCCUAAACACUCCCACCAGGAACAACCUCCUUCAUUCAAUUCAAAAAAGGUUGCCGACCACGCCAUUCCCCUUGAAGCCUAA